AUGGGAAUUUUCAUUCCGUCUGCCUCCCGGCCAGGCAGCUGUGUGGGAAAUCGGGUGUGGAUCCUGCUGGCCAUGACCCACCUCACCCUGGACUUCUCUGUGUGCAGCCCCCUCAGUCAAGGUCUAGGGAUCAAACUCACGCCUAAACCGGUGCCUCGCUCGCGGCCUCGCUUGCAGCCCAUCUGGGAGACGACCAACAAGCUUCACUGGAGAACAGUGAGCCCUCUGGCCCGCCGCCUCCUCAACCCUAUCCCUCCACCACAAGACAGUAGGGCAGGGAUAGGGCAAAAAGUGAAGGAUCAAAAGCAUCGGAAGCCAGCACAUAAAGGACAGGCAGCGUGUAAGGAGUGCCGCUUAAGAUACUCUCAAAUGGAGACAGGUGAUCCUGUAAUAGCAGAAGCGCCUGCAGCUUUAUCCAGCGGGAGCAGAGGAGACACAGUGAGGUUGUUACUUAGAGCCAGGAGGCAGCUCAAAUGGGACAGCUAUGACAAGUCUCAGGAGGGCCGGACUACCACGGUGGCCGGAUUUAUCGACUGGGGACCCACAGGGACAGAUAGCAUAGAUGAUGAUGGCAAACCAGACCCCAACAUUACGCUGUCCACCAGGGUCUCAACUACCACAGUGGCAACAACCACUAGCACUACAACCAGGCUCUCCCAAAGGACGUUCACUGUGGUGACCACACCAGAGCCCAAGAGGCUAAGCACCUCCAAGGCCACUAACACCUUCGGGGAGACUGUCAAACCAUCAAAGCCAUAUGGAGAGCCACCAGGUUUGGCAGUUCACCAGAUAAUCACAAUCACUGUGUCUCUCAUUAUGGUUAUCGCAGCCUUGAUCACAACACUCGUCCUUAAAAACUGCUGUGCACAGUCGGGAAAUGGUCGCCACAAUAGCCAUCAGCGCAAGAUCCACCAGCAGGAAGAAAGCUGCCAAAACCUGACAGACUUCACCCCAGCCCGGGUGCCUAGCAAGGUGGACAUCUUCACUGCCUACAAUGACAGCCUGCAGUGCUCACAUGAGUGCGUUCGGACUGCCGUGCCCAUCUACACUGAUGAGAUGAUCCAGCAGACACCUGUCUACAAGACUGCUUACAACGGAAACAGGCCCUCCCCCACUGAAAGACAGCUGAUUCCUGUGGCCUUUGUGUCAGAGAAAUGGUUCGAGAUCUCUUGUUGA